AUGGUGUGGUUGCGGACCGUGAACCUUCACUCCCAUGUCCUCUCUUUCCAGCUUUGCCAUUGCGUUCUCGAGAAUGGCCUUGAAUAUUUUAGGAUGGCGAGUUUCCGGUCAUGGAAUUGCUGUACAAUUUUCUCUCUUUCCAAGCACUACUAUGUACUGAGUAGGAACGCCUUUGUUGCCCAUGUCGUUGAGAGUGGCCUCCGUAGGGGUUGGGGGCGUGGCCGACGUGUACGGCCUUCGCCAGCGCACUGUUCGUCGUCGUUCGUUGCUGUGAUGUCCGUUGAUCCGAGCACGCUCACACCAUUUAAGGAGACCGGAGCUAACGCAUCUCUCCGGCAGAUUUCCGAUGAUGCAUUCUACGUGGUUAAUGAGGUGGUGAUGAAACGCCUUGGACAUUUGCCAAUCCACAAGGGUGAUUUCCAUCUACUCCCUCCGAAGGUUCAGCGUUUCGUUGCUGAAAAAGCAGAGUUGAUGCGUCCACGCGGUAUUUACAUCUGCGAUGGAAGUCAACAUGAAGCUGAUGAGAUUAUCGACAAGCUUGUUGAACGUGGUAUGCUGUCACCUUUAAAGGCGUACGAGAACAACUAUAUCUGUCGCACUGAUCCCAAGGAUGUUGCUCGUGUCGAGUCGAAGACAUGGAUGGUUACACCUGACAAAUAUCAGACAGUCACGCAUACUCCACAAGGAGUGGAACCCAUUAUGGGUCACUGGAUGUCACCACAAGAUCUCUGUUCAGAGCUUGAUAGCCGAUUCCCGGGCUGCAUGUCUGGACGUAUUAUGUAUGUCAUUCCAUUCUCUAUGGGGCCUAUUGGGGGACCACUUUCAAAAAUUGGUGUCGAGCUCACUGACUCAAACUACGUAGUGCUAUCUAUGCGUAUUAUGACUCGUGUAAGCUCCGAUGUGUGGGAUGCGCUGGGUGACCAGGACUUUGUUCGAUGCAUUCACUCAGUUGGACUGCCUAGGCCUGUGAAACAGCGUGUUAUCAAUCACUGGCCAUGCAAUCCUGAGCGUGUGCUCAUCGCUCAUCGUCCAGCCGAAAGGGAGAUCUGGUCAUUCGGAUCGGGUUAUGGCGGGAAUUCUUUGCUGGGUAAGAAAUGUUUUGCGCUGCGCAUCGCCUCCAACAUCGCCAAGGACGAGGGAUGGAUGGCCGAGCAUAUGCUAAUCAUGGGUGUCACUAGACCGAAUGGAAAGGAACACUUCAUUGCCGCCGCAUUUCCCUCAGCUUGCGGAAAGACAAAUCUGGCAAUGCUUGAGCCCACUCUACCUGGCUGGAAGGUUCGAUGCGUUGGUGAUGACAUCGCUUGGAUGAAAUUCGGCGAUGAUGGACGUCUUUACGGUAUAAAUCCAGAAUCCGGUUUCUUUGGAGUUGCACCUGAGACAGUUGAUGGAGAGUACUUCUGGGAGGGACUUGAGAAUGAGAUCAAGGACAAGAGCGUAGACAUGAUCAACUGGCUAGGGGAGAAGUGGAGAAUCGGAGAUCCAGGUGUCUGCGCUCACCCUAACUCGCGAUUCGCAGCUCCAGCAUCUCAGUGUCCCAUUAUCCAUCCAGAAUGGGAGAGCCCAAAGGGUGUUCCAAUCGAGGCAAUCAUAUUUGGCGGUCGUCGCCCUGCUGGUGUACCAUUGAUCUACGAGACUAGGUCAUGGUUGCACGGCAUUUUCACCGGAGCAUGCCUCAAAUCGGAAGCCACCGCGGCUGCUGAAUACAAAGGUAAGACAGUCAUGCACGAUCCGAUGGCCAUGCGCCCAUUCAUGGGUUAUAACUUCGGGCAUUACUUACAGCACUGGAUAGACCUGAACAAAGAAAGCAGAAAGGUCCCACGAAUCUACCAUGUGAACUGGUUCCGGCGUGACGCUGAUAACAAAUUCUUGUGGCCUGGAUUUGGCGACAACAUCCGUGUGAUUGACUGGAUUAUCCGUCGAUUGGACGGAGAGCCUGAUCUUGGCGUUGAGACUCCCAUCGGCAUCGUACCUAAAAAGGGUUCGAUCAAUACGGAAGGUCUUCCUGACAUCAAUUGGGACGAACUUAUGUCGGUACCAUCCAGUUAUUGGAAAGAUGACGCUAAGGAGAUCAGAAAGUUCCUGGAAGAACAGGUGGGACCCGAUCUACCUCCCGAAAUCCGUGCAGAGAUGGAUGCACAGGAAGAACGCAUCAACAAAGCAGCGUAA